CCAUGGAGCGGCUGGAGCGGAGCGGGCGCUGGCUGCGGGCCGCGCUGGCCCGCGGGCCGCUGCGCCGCCGCCUUCCCGCGCUGCUGCUCGCCAUCGCCGUGCUCGGCUCCGCGCUCAAGGACAGCGACCUGGUGCCCGACACGCCGCUGCAGAACAAGCGCAACCCGCUCAACGUAUACUUCGUGAAGGUGGCCUGGGCUUGGACUCUGUGGCUGCUGCUGCCCUUCAUCACCCUCAGCACGUACGAGCUGGGCCGGAGCAAGCUCCUGUACGGCCGCACGCGGAGCGCGCUGCUGGUGCUGCGGCGCCUGGGGGCCCUGCUGGUGGGCACGGCCGUGUGGUACCUGUGCACUGAGCUCUUCAUCUUCAUAGAGAACCUCACAGGGGAGUGCUCCCUGCAGGGCCAGCCCAGCCAGCCAGGCCAGCCCCCCCGGCUCUACGCCUCCAAGCGCGAGUGCCAGCGGGACAGCGGCGUCUGGAGCGGCUUCGACAUCUCGGGGCACUGCUUCCUGCUCUCCUACUGUGCCAUGAUGAUCCUGGAGGAGCUGGCUGUGCUGGAAGCGCUGGCCAUAGAGCACAGCUCCAAGCUGAGGGUGGUGAUCAACGUGCUGCUGGUUUCCCUGUGUUCCCUCACCGUGAUCUGGGUGUUCAUGUUCCUCUGUACUGCCCUGUAUUUCCAUGACUUCAGCCAAAAGCUUCUUGGUGUGCUGAUAGGUCUGGCAGCUUGGUAUGGGACAUACAGGUAUUGGUAUUUAAAGCCCUUUUCUCCUGGACUGCCUCUUCCAAAUAUACCUUUGAGUUCAAAGAAAUACAGCUAUAGCAGAUAAAAUAAGGUUUGAAAUGUUUUGGAUUUUGCUUUCAGUACUGGAGUAGUUGAAUGUAGGAAUGGUUACUGUAUUUCCACUGUAAGGAACAAGGUGAUGGGUUGGAGGAAACCUAAUCUGUACUAGCCAUUGGCUGGCAGGUGGUAAUGAGCUUCUUCCCUGGGAGAAGAAAAAAAAUCAGGAUUGGAAGAGGUCUCCUCUUGUUUAGGAGCUGCCAACUGGGAUUGUCAGCAAAGAAAUCAGGAGCUGAAUCUGUUUCUCUCACUAAUAAAUGAAGUAGCAGACCCAAGGCUAAAAGAGGCCUUUGAUCUUUAGGAGUGUGAUUUAUCUCAGUUAAUUCUCCCUCUUCCUUUUUGAAUUAUGUCAAGAUAUGGUGGGUGAUCCAAACCUCAGGCUUUUUUUAAUGUUCCUAUUUGUAUUGCCUUAUGGGAAAGCUCUAAUAAUCACAGUGCUGCUAAGGAUUGCAAAAAUUAUCAAUUCUUGUGGAAAACGGUUCUGUUGUGAAACUGGAACAUCUCAUGUUCUCAAGUGUUAAAAACACUAACUUGCCAGAAAUGCCUCAUAGCUGCUUCUGCAGCAGAGAAUAAGUCUGAGGUGCAGUGUCUGAAGCAGGCUGAUUCUCAAUUCAUGCCAUGUCCUAAAAGGAAACUCUUGGAAAAACAAGCCUUAGCCUUCUCCUUAGGUGAGGUAGAUGUAAUAAUAUUUUGUCAUUUUAUUCUAUACACUAAAAAACCCAAACUCCUUUCUGUUUUGCUAAAAAGUCUAGUAUGAGGAUUGGGGUUUUAAUUUUUUUAAAAUCUAAUCCACUACACACUUUGCAACAACAAAUUCUUUGGCUUUGUUCUUUCUUCUAGAACAACAGUGGAAUUCUGGUGUUCUGAACAAGCUAGCUUAUCCUGCUAUUUCCCAAAUAGUCUGCUUGGUAAGGAGUGAAAUGCAUUGUUUAUCCUGGGAGCUGCAAAGCAGAGUGUGCUUGAAGCAAUAUUUAUUCUUGCAAUACCAAUAAGCUAUUUAAUUCUGAUUGCACAUAAAGCUGUGGCCACUUUUGAUGUGGCUGUAAAGCCACUACUGAACAAAACACUGCUAGUAGAUAAUGAAUAGGGGUGAGAUGGGUUUGCUCAUCUUAUCAGUCAGAUGUUUAGCAUAGUUUUUAUCUCCAAAAGCUUUUAAUUAUUUAAUAGAGGUUCAUUCAUGGUGCAGUUGCAUGAAGUGUGUUUGACAGUGAUGACAAGACAGCCAGGAAGGGCUGUGGGUCACCUCCACUGACCCCACAGGCUGCAGAGUGACUUUUUCUGCCUACAGGGUGUGAUGCUCCAUCAGGUAAUCUUGGCACAUUUGCCAGCUCAACCUCUCUCUUCCAGCAAGAGAUUGGAAGCAUUUGCAAUUCCUCCAGCAGUGUUAGUUCCAUGCUGUGGUCUGCCUCUGAGGAGAGCUAAAUUCACUGGAAUUCCCACUGAAUUUGGUGGCAAGUGGGAGUUGUGUGUCCUUAGAAAGAGCAAUUCACCUCUCAGAAAGAAGCUGUCCACAGGGUUAUGUCUUUUCUGUCAAACUCCUCUUGGUUUUCUAUUAAAUUGCCUUUUAAGCUGACUCUUUGAAAAUUGCACUGAUUAACUCAUAUUGGGUUUAACUAAAUUUGUUUAAACAAUGCAAAUGUAUUUGCAGACACUCUUUUGAUGUAAUUUAAGCCUACUCCCAAUAGAGCUAAGCUAGACUGCAAGCCACAUUCACCAUGAAAAAGGAUUAUAUACCCAGAAGGUUUUAUGAUUAAUUUCAUUAAGUUCCUAUUUUGGGUUAUCUUUAUGUAACUUUGCUGUAUAGACAAGCCCUUGGAACAGGAAAUGCUGUUUACUUAAACCAACUGACUUGCUGAAAUGAUGUUCAUUUUCACAAAUGUUUUGUGCAAUCACUGUGGAUAUUUCUGUCCACUUUAACCAGUGUCAUGCAGAUUAUUUUUUUAAUGGAAAUAAUGUAGGAUAUGGUUAUUCUCUUAUUUAAAACAAUGAAAGAAAAACAUUUGAAAACUUUA